AACAGAUUAUUCAACAGACUUCAGUAUGCCGUACAGUACCAGCCCAAACAGAGUAAUAUAGUCGGCAGUUGAUAUCAAAGUGAAACCGAAAAUAAAAUCGAAUCACGGAUAAAGAAAGAGGAUGCUACAGAAUUAUCAAAUAACGUAGAGCGAUUUAUUCUUCAUUACUCGUCUUUAAAAUGGAAAUGUAUCGCGAAUGGGACCAAUUGGCUGUGUACAAGCAGCCACCGGAGGUACUGAGAUCUAAACUCCAAAUACCGGUAAAAACUUUAAUGAGUCCUGGACCGACGAAUUGUUCCGAGCGAGUUCUUCGGUCCUUGCAGAAUCAAGUUAUCAAUCAUCUGCAUCCAGAAUUUUGUCAGUUAAUGGACGAAAUCAAAGCUGGACUUCAAUAUGUGUUUCAAACUAAGAACAGACUUACUUUGGCGAUAAGCGCGUCGGGUCAUGGUGGCAUGGAGGCUUGUUUAGUAAAUCUACUGGAACCCGGUGACACUAUACUGAUCGUCAAAUGUGGACUUUGGGGUGAACGAGCGGCUGACAUGGCCAACCGACUCGGUGCGAACGUGAGACUGCUUGAAACAGAACAUAACGUGGGCAUCACUUUAGAACAACUGAAAACUGCCUUGGAGAAGCAUAGGCCAGAUGUAGUUUUCAUGGUUCACGCGGAAACUUCCACUGGAGUUAAACAACCAUUGGAAGGUUACGGUACAUUAGUUCGCAGAUAUAAUGCUCUUCUUAUCGUUGACACGGUUGCUUCGCUUGGCGGCGAGCCGUUCUUUAUGGAUUCUUGGGACGUAGACGUGGCUUACGCGGCGAGUCAAAAGGGUCUUGGUGCCUGUCCAGGUCUCGCUCCUGUCUCGUUCAACUCACGGGCAGAGCAGAAACUGUUUCGCCGAAAGACGAAGCCUAUCUCCUUUUACUGGGAUUUAAAUAUUCUCGGCGUGUAUUGGAAAUGUUUCGGUAACAAUGACCGCGUUUACCAUCAUACUAUGAGCGCAACGCUCAUUUACGGUCUUCGCGAGGCGCUGGCGGAAUUGGCAGAAAAAGGACUUCAAGAAUGCUGGGCCAGAAAUGCAGUCUCAGCUGCCAGAUUAAGGAAGGGUCUUGAAUUACGGGGCCUUCGGCUCUACGUGAAACUUCCACAGUAUCAACUGUCGACGGUGGUCUCCGUAGAGGUGCCGCCUGGCAUCGAUGAUAAGAUCAUUUCGCAACGAGCCAUGGACAAGUACCAGGUCGAAAUUGCUCGAGGCUUAGGACCUACAAUGGGUAAGAUUUUUCGAGUUGGAUUGCUAGGAAUCAAUGCUACUCCGGAGAAGGUUGAUUUGUUUCUACAUGCUUUCGACGAGGGUUUAAAGCAUGCAACAAUUUCAAGGCUGUAAUGAAUAAGCCAGAAACAUGCUUUAAAUCAAACGUUCGUCAAGCUGUUGUACAAAUGUUGCAGUUAAGAAAACAAGAAUUGUAUGAAAUUUGUAAUCGCAUCGCGUUUAUCAAUAAAUUACCGAGCUGUUUGGAGUGAUUA